CUCUCAUGUUCACGGCAGACCCACCGGCAUCAGCCACCGGUGUCGGCGUCGGGUACGGCAUAGCCAUUGCCGUCAGCAUCCUCUUCCUCAUCUCAGCCAUCAUGCUCGCUUCCUACGCCUGCGUCAAAGUCAAAGGAGCCUCCGCCACCACCAGACCCCACGAAGACCGCAGCGUCGCUUAUAAUAACGUCUACGGACACCGCAGCCGCAGCGAGGCCGUAAACUCAAAUGACCCCGUCGUUGUCGUAAUGGGCCUCGACGGGCCCACCAUAGACUCUUACCCGAAGCUGGUGCUCGGCGAAAGCCGGCGCCUCCCCCAGCGCAACUACACCGUUUGCUCCAUCUGCUUGUCCGAGUACAAGCCCAGGGAUCAAGUGAGGUGCAUCCCGGAUUGCCACCAUUGCUUUCACGCUGAGUGUGUUGACGAGUGGCUUCGUAUGAGCGCCACGUGUCCCAUCUGUAGAAAUUCUCCGGCUCCCUCGGUGGGUCCUAGUCCUCUGUCCGAUUUGGUGCCGCUGGCAUUCCAUUCCAGGUGAUAUUAUGAUUUUCUUAAUUAAAAUUUUGGCUCUUUUUUUUUAAUAUAAUAAACAAAACAAAACAAAAAUUAUUGCUACACUAAUUUUUUAUUUUAUCUUUUAGUCUGGGGUUAGUUACAAAGUUAUUAUCUCCUCGAGCGAUGGAGCACAUGAGUAUAUUUAAAUUCAUAUUGGAGGUGAGACUUUGAGAGCCGACAUUAAAUAGAAAGUGGUGAGAUU